AUGCGUGAUUCUGAAACUGAGGAACGUAUCUCAAAGAUAAGGCGGUCACCGCUAUCAGUAAUUUGUGACAGAUCAGCAGAUGGUGUUAAAGAACGAAAUCCAGAUUACCUUUUACGCCCUAUCUUCAUAAAUGGCGUUGAAGUCGGUUUCGCAUAUGCAACCUGUGAUGGCAUUAAAAAGAAAUUGGCAGUACGUGGCAUAACAAUCAGUUUGUGGUAUUUCAUAUCACGUGGUCAUCAGGCACAAGCUCUUUUACCAUUAUGUUUCAAGAAUUUUCCAGAUAAAUCUGACCGGUGGGACGAAUUAAUGGCACUUUAUCGCAUGAAUUUGAUCGAAUUCACACCAGGCUUCGGUAACGAUAAGUACAUGGAAGUUAAUCGGAUUAUGGCGAGACGUACUCGAGAGCACGGCGGAUGUAUGGUCGCUCGAUCACAGAUGCAUCAAAUUGUAGAACGAGAUCCGCUUCUCGAUAAAACUGUCGAAAUGAAAUUGCUUAUGCCAUCCUUCAAUGGAAAAGAUCUAAUGUUUCCUAUUGACGGACCUCUUGGACGAAAAGGACCUAGUUUGACGGAUACGUUGAAGUGCACAACAGAUGAUCCUGAAUGGACUCGUUGCGGCCUGCAACAAUUGACGUUAAAUGACCAACGCAUCUGGUUGAAAAAUCUAUCUGAUAUCACCCUUGAUUCGGAAUGGAUGAUCAUCGCUAGCAAGAUAAACCGCUAUCAAUUAACAAAAGCAGCUUUCGUCCCUUCAAUACUUGAGCCAAAUGAAGCUAUGCAUCUUGAACUUCAUCCUUUUCAAACGAAUCAGGGUGAUAAUCGUGGAACCUAUGAAAUGCGACAUCGAGCACAACAGAAUGACUUUCAUGGCAGGCAAUCGCUAAUCGUACACUGCAUAUUAAGAUUUGAUAAUUACUGCAGUAGAUCUUACAUUCGACCAAACGCUCAAGGCAGUCGUGUACUUUCCGAAGAACAGAGGAGAUAUAGGACAGCAGACCGUAACUUCCCUGAUUCUAAUACUUACUUUGUGCCUUCUUAUCGACGAAAUUCUCGCACAUUGCAUGAGGUAAUUCUACACUACUUGGAAUAA